GUUUAUAUAUACAUGUUUAAAAUGUGGGGUCAACAGUCAACAAUGACGAUUGGGAUUGCUCGAUAUAGAACAUGAUUUCACUAGGCCACUUUUGUACUGAUGUGGGCACCCCACUUUGUUCCUUAUCAAAUCGUUAUCAGCUCUUCUGUUCUUUCUGGACCAGCAUGAGUAUAUAGAAACUAAGGCUAAAUAGAGCAUGACUGAAUGAUAAAAAAGGGGGAUUGAUAUAAAACCAUCCCUUUCUUCUCUGCUUCUUUCAUUACUACUUUUUCUUUUUCCAAGCAUGGCUAUCUAUCGCAACAUCCGCAAUACUCGUCGUCCAUCAACUGCUUCUUUGACAUUGGUAAUUAAAGUUGGCACUUCUUCUAUCUGUGAUGAAGUUACCCAUUAUCCUUUGCUUGGUAAUCUUUCUCGUAUUGUUGAAACAAUCAUCAAGUUGAAGCGCUUGGGUCAUCGUGUUGUUCUUGUGACAAGUGCUGCUGUAGGUACUGGUCUAAGAAGGCUCAACAUGACUGAGAAGCCAUCCAAGCUGGCUACUAUUCAGGCUAUCGCUGCUGUAGGACAAGGCCGCUUAAUGAGCAUGUAUGACGACCUCUUUGGCCAGUUUGAACAACCUGUAGCACAAAUCUUGUUAACUCGUAAUGAUUUAGCUGAUCGCUCUCAAUAUCUCAAUGCAGUUAGCUGUCUAGAAGAACUUUUGGACAUGGGCGUUGUACCCAUUGUUAAUGAAAACGACUCUAUUUCUGUCAAGGAAAUCAAAUUUGGUGACAAUGACACUCUCUCCGCUAUCACUGCUGGUAUGGUCAAGGCCGACUAUUUGUUCCUCAUGACUGAUGUCGAUUGCCUGUACACCGAUAACCCACGCAAUAAUCCUGAAGCUCGUCCUGUCUUGGUCUGUGAAGACAUUGAUCUCCUACGUGAUCAAGUCAAGAUCAGUGCACCCGGUUCUUCUCUCGGUACAGGUGGCAUGAUCACCAAAUUAGUAGCUGCAGACCUCGCCACUGCUGCUGGUGUCACAACGAUCAUUGCCCGUGGCGCUACUCCCGAAAAUAUCUUGCCAAUUAUUGACGGAUCCGCUCAAAACUUGCCCCUUCAUACUCGAUUUGUAGCUAAGCCUCAACCCCUCAUGGACCGUAAGUGGUGGAUUCUUCAUGGUCUACAUACGGCUGGUACAGUUUAUGUUGAAAGUGAUGUGUCAGAAGCUAUUCAUAAUGGUCAGGCUGAUAAAGAUCUCUAUGCUCAUUCCAUUUCUCGUGUUGAGGGUAACUUUGUCGAACAUCAGGCUGUGCGAUUGGUUGUCCAACACAAAGAUACUCAGGGUCUUAUUGACAAUAUCACAAUUGCUAAGGGUAUCGUCAACUACUCUUCUGCUGAAAUUAUGCGUAUCAUGUUGGCUAAGAAGAGUGAUGUCAUUGAUUCUCUUGGUUAUAAGGAUGCUAGUUGUAUCAUUCAUCGAGACAACAUGGCUAUCUCUCUGUAGAUUCUUUCCUACUGUAUUUAUUAUUUUUGCAUUUCAUGAUCCAUUUCUUUAAAAAUCUUCUUUUGCAUGUCUAAAACUUAUUAUUUAAAUUCGAAAAAAA